AUGGCCUUGAACAGCCUCCUCAAUCUUCCUCCUUCCAAGAUCGCGCUCAAACCCCCGCUCCCGCCACUCCCGACGCGCCCGUCGGUCUUCUUGGCACCGCGCCACUUCCCGCCCUGCCGCUCUCCCCUCCGCAUCAAGACACCGCCGCCGCGGCAACACGUCCAAUCAUCCACGUCCCCGCCUUCGGGCACUGCCAACAACGCCCCCUCGCCGCCGUCGUCGAGGCAGGAGGCCGUCGCCCAGGCACGGUCCUGCCUCGCCGCGGCACUGCAGAAGCCGCUCAACAACUCGAUCCCGCUCAAGAAGCUCAAGAGGCAGCGGCAGCCGCGGUUCCGCGCCGAGAUCCCCGUGGUCGACGAGUCGCCGGGCUCCCUUGCGCGCCUCGCGUUCGACGUGUUCUCGGGCGGCGCAGGGGCAUCGAGGAAGGGCGCGCCGGCGCGGCUGCUGCUCGUCUGGCCCUCGGCCGAGGCGCUGGCCGUGGCCCUGAGCGAGUUCGAGAACCAGGGGGGCGACUCGGCGACGGCGCAUGCGCGGCUGGGCUCGGUGGCGCCGGACGUGGAGCAGGUGAAGGCCGCCGCCGCAGCGCUGGAACCGAAGCCGGUGGUGCUGUUCAACCCGGCGUGGAGCUUCGACGAGGAGGAAGAAGAGGAGAAAUUCGGCGCCGGCGCGAGGGGCUUCGUGGGCUCCUUCGACGUGGUCUACUCCUUCACGGGGCUGGAGGUGCGGGGCCUGCUGAGCAAGAAGAGGGGCGUGCUGCUCCGGUGCGUCGAGGUCGGGCGGUUCGGCGGCGAGAGCUGGGUGCUCAUGGUGGAGAACGACGACGGCGCGCCGGAGGGGCAGGAGUUCAAGGUCGUGUCGCGGCUUGAGAAGCGGCCGACGAUCGGCGAGGUGGAGACUAUGCUGUACAACCUCAUGGCCGCCAACUCGCCGGUGACCAAGUCGGCCAGGUUCCUCAGGGAGAUGGUUUCCAAUGUGACUGGAGGAAAGUCGAAGGCGCAGUGA